AUGAUUCGAAGAACUGCCCGUCAACGGAGAGAAUAUCUCUAUCGGAAACAGCUCGCCGUUCAAGAUGCCGCGGUUGCCGACCGACGAGCUAAGCUAAGGGCGUCCCUCGCAUCAGGAAAACCUCUCUCGAAGGAAGUCGCCAAUGAUGAUCAACUUCGCAAAGAUUUCAAAUUCGACGAGUCAAGAGAAGCCGGGCAACAGGGCGAAGAAUCUCUCGUCGAUGACGAAUAUGCCGCUCUCAGCGGAGUGGCCGAACCUAAACUCUUAAUUACUACCAGUAGAGAUCCCAGCAGCCGUCUCAUGCAGUUUGCGAAAGAAAUGAGACUAUUAUUCCCAACGUCAAUAAGGCUCAAUCGUGGUAACACUGUAUUACCACAAUUAGCCGCUUCAUGUCUAGCGACUUCGAUUUCAGACUUGCUCCUCCUUCACGAACACAGAGGUGUCCCCACCGCCUUGACGGUUUCACAUUUCCCGCAUGGGCCUACGGCUAUGUUCUCUCUGCAUAACGUCGUUUUACGGCAUGACAUCGAUAACUCGGCCAGGGGUACUGUCUCCGAAGCCUACCCACAUUUGAUCUUUGAAGGAUUCUCCACACCUCUCGGUAAACGAGUUGUCACUAUUCUCAAACAUUUAUUUCCUCCGGGCGUCAAGAAAGAUAGUGCAAGAGUUGUAACAUUCGCCUUGACAGAAGGUGACUACAUAAGCGUCCGCCAUCACGUUUAUGUUAAAACUGGGCCUAAGACUGUUGAACUUGCGGAAGUUGGUCCGAGAAUGGAGAUGAAGGUAGACAUUCUGAAGCUGAGCACUCAACCAUGGGAAACUUAUACUAACUAG